GGAAAAACCUCACAUUUCCCGCCCCUGUUCCAUUGAGAGUUGUGGAUGUGCGCUCUGAUUGGUUGUUUCGAACAGCGCUGCGUGUCCAGCAGUAGUUACAUUCCAUGGCGCUGAGGAACAACAACUUUGGAGAAUGCUGUUUAACUGACAUCCCACGCCACAUCGCAACUUUGUUACUGUGUAUGCUUCGACUGGAUGCCUUUACUGGCUGUUUGAAAACAUUUCAAAGAUUUAAAGACAUUGAAUUUAACCGCUGAAUGAAGAGGUGAACAUCUGCGGAGCUCCGUGAUGGCAGUUCAGGCCGGGCUUCAGUCUUGGUUUGAGAGGUUCGACUCUCCCAUCCAGGCUCCGCGUAGCCCCCUAGCCGCUCGCCAUGGCCCCGGCCUGGCCGAUGUGUUCCAGUACGACCAGUGGCUGGCUGUGCGGCAUGAGGCCACCCUGGUGCCCAUGCAGGAGGAUCUGGCCAUAUGGAUCACCAGCAUGCUCGGAGAGGAGGUGCGAGCAGAGCACUUCAUGGAGGAGCUGGGCAAUGGCGUGAAGCUGUGCCGCUUGAUCGAAGUGCUGCAGACCCAAGUCUCCCAGAGCUGCCCCUCGGACAAGUGGCAGCACUUUUCCAUGAAAAAAGUGCCAUUCAAGAGGGUCGCCUCUCCUGGGUCCUUCUUCGCCCGCGACAACACGGCCAACUUCCUGAGCUGGUGUCGCCAGAUAGGCGUGGACGAGACCUUCAUGUUUGAGUCUGAGGGCUUAGUUCUGCAUAAGAAUCCUCGCCAGGUAUGCCUGUGUCUACUGCAGAUUGGCAGGAUCGUAUCCAAGUAUGGAGUGGAACCUCCGGUUCUUGUGAAACUGGAGAAAGAGAUCGAACUGGAGGAGACUCUGCUGAUGGGCGUAGAACCAGCCCCCGCCGUCAAAACCUUCACCGUCUGCUGUCAGCACGGCAGCCUUUACCAAGGCGACCACGAUAUGAGUGAUGACCCCCCCUGUAACUGUGCCCAGAAAGUGUCCAUCGAGUAUCUCUCGGAGGGCCGCUACAGACUCGGAGACAAGAUACUCUUCAUCAGGAUGCUCCAUGGGAAGCAUGUGAUGGUUCGGGUUGGAGGGGGCUGGGACACGCUGAAGGGCUUCCUGCUGAAGAACGACCCAGGACGCGUACUUCAGUUCACUACCUUGGAGCAGAAAAUCCUGGCCUACCAGAAGGGGCCAGCCGGUCCUGCCCUCACCUCUCAAAAGGUCCAGCCUCCCAUGAUGGAUCCCUUGGCCGCUGUCACCCUCUCUGAUGCUUCAUCCACAUCGACAUCCUCCUCUUCGUCGUCCUCAUCCUCUUCCUCUGCUUCAUCCUCCUGCUCCUCCCCUACAGCCACUUCUAAAGCCCCUCUGCCUGGGCACUGCAUUCCACGCUCCUACGCUGCAUCCCCAGCCUCCACCCCCACCUUACAGAGGAAGGCACCGGUACCCAAGAAAGUCCUCCAGGUGACUCCCUCAUUGCCAAAGAGAAGCCCGUAUUCUCCUGCGCUUGUCCACAAGAAAGCAGCCCCACCUCAGCCGCCUCUGUCUGCUCCUCCACUCUCUAAUGGAGCCGGCAAGCAAAAGGUCCCCACCUCCUCCAAACUGAAGCUCCGGCAGACCCCUGACGGCUCACCGCUACUGCCUCGCAGCCCCGUCUGUGCCGAGCCCAACUGCAAGCAUCCAAAGUCUGCCCCGGUCACGCGCAGGGCCGUCAUGUUGAACCCAAAGCUCGGGGUGACUCAGAAAGACGGGAAGCCGCCUGUGGCCCCUCUGCGCUCACGGCUGGCCAGGCGCCGAGGCUCUUCCCCAGUCUCGCGGUUACGUGUGGAUAACCGUGUGCGCCGGCCUCUCUCCCCCCGGCCCCUCUCCCCGCGGUCCAACACCUCGCGGCCAGCCAGCCCCGCCAGUUGCAACUCCCUGGACUCCAAAUCCUCUUCCCCCUCCCCGCUCUCCAGAGCGCAGACCCCUACCUCACGGACUCGCAUCCCCACGGCCCGAGCCUCCCCCCUGACCAAGGCCAAAGAACCUGCAAGCAAGAGUCCGGCCUCAUCCAGGCCCGGGACCCCUGUCUUAGCUGCUGCUCGCCCGGCCCCCUCCCGGCAGGUGCCUGCUGCCUCGCCACGACUGCCCGUCAAAAAGCAGCCUCUGACCAACCACUCCGCUCAGAAGCCCGAGGCCCCACAGAUCACAGUAACCAAACCGAGCCUCAAGACACCCCCUGUCUCUCAGAAGGCCACACAGCGGACUAAGCUGGUGAAAAAGGUGGAGCCUUACUUUGAGAUGAACAGGAAGCAGCAGAAGUGCUGAGCGUGUGGGAAUAAGGAAGCUCCACCAGCCUCAGUCGAGGCAGACUCCCUCUGGUCUCAUAGGAAUCCUUAAGAUUAUCCAACCUGUUAGGGAACAAGCACUUGUCCGUGAGACACAGAUGUGUUUCUUCAGUUUUUUUUAACACACAACAUUACCAGCUUUUUAAGCAACAUUGUCUGUCAAUCUGUUUGAUUUUAUGUUUGUGUCUAAUUUAUUUUGUUAUGAUUGUAUUUGUGCCAUUGUCAAAAGGGUCACGAGGUGAAACCUCAGCAUUUAAUACAAUAGAACUACUUUUUUUUGGACUCUAUUUUAUAUCUUUACCACAUACAUCUGAUUUUUCAUAUCAAAAGCACAAUCAGUGUUUCUUUCACAAGACCUUAAUAUUCCACUGAGAUCUGUUACUGCAAGAAUAUCAGAGACUGCUAGAGACUGUUUUUGUAAGUGUGCAUAUGUAACUUUGUUUUGUAUACAACAAUCCUAAACAGCUUUUGCUGUCCAUGUAUGCAUUUCAACAAUUACUCUCAACCCCACCGUUUUUUUUUUAAUUGAAAUGGAGUCCAGCUGGUUCUGAACCAGAUAUACCCGGCUCAGCGGUUGUGUAAAACGUUUUGACACUAGCAGAAGCAAAACUGAAAUCCAUGGCUGGCAAACAAGGAAUUUGACUAGUCAUGGUCACAGACGUUUUAUACAUGCCAAAGACUUCAUUAAUUAAAUCUGUAUUUUUAAUCUGUUUCUUAGUGUUGACUCAGUAUUUCUCUGUCAACAUAUGACUGUACUAUAUAUACUGGUCUUCCUGUCAAUGACUUUGCUAACCUGUUGUUGUUAGAGUGAUUUAGGAAGUUCAUGGUGUGCCUUUUCAGAACAGGGGAGGGUGAAUUGUAGUGUCCUGGGGGUAUGGGGUGAGAUGUUACCUACAAAGAUGUUACGGUGUCAGUUUUGUCAGUAGCCAACACUAAUCCUCACAAAGUAGCUGACCUGACGGAUCAUUUUAACCUUUUCUACUCAAUGUAUAAGCUUGUCUUAUUCGCUAACAUGGUCUGGAGGGGUGAGAUUGAUAUUCAUAGAGUACUUUUGUGUAUGUUUUAUAUAUGAAGCUCUUUGUCAUGGUUUUUGCGGUUGGUCAAGAUUUUCUUUGUGAGGUAGUGUUAAGGCAUAAGUGGCACAAAGCACAAGCAUUCAGCAGCAUGACUGCUUUCCUUUUAUGAAGACAAACUACUGACUUGACUAACUAAAAGUUUAACAAAUAGCCUACAUGGACAGUAUCCAUUCAUGCCAAACGCUAAACUAAUAAAUAUAUUGUCCAGUAUCACAGAGCUGAAAUUUAUUUAUGAUUUCUCAAGAUCUUUUAUUUUUUAAUUUUCUUGUUUUUAUGUGUAUUGUGUGUGGAAAUGGAUGUUGAUUUGUUUGGUUAUAUCUACACAUUGUGUUUUUUAUGUAGUGUCAUUGAAAUAGUCUUGAGUAUGUCAACCUUUUCCAGCACUUUAAGAAAACCCUUGUCAUGAAUGUAGAGUACUGUCUCCAACAUUUGUGUGUUUGUGAGUGUGCGUGAUGUCCAAUAAAAUAACUGAUUUUAU